CACCCGUCUAAUCGCGUGUUUUGAAUUCAACGACCCGGAAAACGGUGAUCUACGGACUAGCUGUAUGAGCUGAAGUAAGUCUCACAAAACAUGACCUGACUUCAUAUCGUUUAUAAACGACUGAUACGGUUCCAUGAGUCGAUAAGACGUGGAUUUAACAGACUGUCAGUAUGGCAGAGUGCUUUUUAAUGGAGGUGUGCGUGGACUCGGUGGAGUCUGCUGUCAAUGCUGAACGAGGAGGUGCGGGUCGACUUGAGCUGUGCUCUAGUCUUCUGGAGGGUGGGCUCACUCCGAGUCUAGGUCUGCUACAUGUAGUGAAGCAGUAUGUCAAAAUUCCCAUCUAUGUAAUGAUACGCCCUCGUGGGGGCGACUUCCUGUACUCCGACCUGGAAGUGGAGGUGAUGAGGAAGGACAUAGAGCUUAUGAAGAGCCAAGGAGCCGAUGGACUAGUUCUGGGUGCCUUGACAGAAGAUGGACGGGUGGAUGCAGAGCUCUGCAUGGAGUUAUUGGCUGCUGCCCGUCCCUUGCCUGUCACCUUCCACCGAGCUUUUGACAUGGUUCAUGACCCAGCAGUAGCUCUGGAGGCGCUGAUAUCGUUAGGGUUCGAGCGUGUGUUGACUAGUGGCUGUGACAGCUCCGCUUUGGAGGGACUGCCUCUCAUUAAACGGCUUGUUGAUCAAGCUAAGGGCAGAAUUAUCAUAAUGCCAGGAGGAGGUAUCACAGAAAGGAACCUGCAGAGAAUAUUAGAGGGGUCAGGGGCUCAAGAGUUUCACUGCUCAGCCCGCUCCAGCCGAGAAUCUGCAAUGAAGUUCAGGAACACCUGCGUCUCAAUGGGAGCUUCUUUCUCAGCACCCGAGUACGGCCUGAAGGUGGCAGAUGUGAGCAAAGUCCGAACUCUAAACGCAAUAGCCAAAAAUACCUUGUGACUGUGUAACAGUCAUGAUAGACUGAAAAAAUAUACCUCAAAAGUAAUCAUGAGUAAUAAUACUGAUGUGUACUGAUUAAAUUCCAUAAAUAAAUGUCAUAAUCGCCAGAAAGCUCUGCCUUUUGUUUUUUUUCUUUUAAGAUAUAAAAUCACCAAUGAAUCAGUCCUUGUAGGGUUGGAGAGAAAAGACAUUAGUGCAUCUCAGAGUAUCUGUGAAUAAUAUGAUGUAAAGCGAAUGUCUAUAUAUGGGAGCACUUCUUUAGUGAUAUCAUCCAAUAAUGUGCAUAGAGAACUGCUCAUGUGUCUGGAUGUGCAGUCUGAUUUAUAGGAUUUGGAAAACAGGUUUGCUAAAAUGUGUUAAUAAUUUAAACAUACAGGAGAUGUGUACACAAAUCUGUAAAAGUUCACUUUUUGGGUGUAUGUGUAAAAGAUUCUGUAAAUAUGAGAUGUUUAAAAAGCCACUCAGCUGUGAGGAGUAUAAGAAGCGGUAAAAAGCUGAAAAAAUGUGUAGUUUGUAAAGUUUUCAAUAAUAAUAAGGCCAUUUGUACUCUUCUUUUUUUUGUUGUUAGUGUAUAAUUCACAUAUUGAGUCUUUUACACAGGUAAAAACUUUUCAUUGUAGUUUUAGAUUUGUUUUGAUGAUCUGUGUAUGCACAAACUGUUAUUUUACACAGUCAUGAACCUCUGGUCUCACAUCUUAACAGAUUUUUUAUUUUAUUUUAUUUUUUUAAAGGCAUUCAUAAAACAGACUACAUAUCCAGGUCAAACAGAUUCACAACUCUCUGCACACUGACAAAUGACAUUGCCACAGUAAUGCCCCCAUGUAUGUCCAACUACAGUUGAUUUCUACACUGAAAAUAUGUAUUAUUUCCUAAUGAAAGAUAACUGCUUUUUAAAAUGGCAAAACAAAAUAUCCAUUUUACAUAACUCCCCAUUUAAAGUGAUACAUAAUGCAGAGUUGUGACUUCCUGUUUUUGUUUUUUCUCUGUUCAUAUUCAUCUUCUUCUUCUUUUUUUCAAUAAAAACAAUGUGACUUGAUUACUUUGGUCCUGAUGCAAUAAAAGACAUUUCAACA